AUGGACGACUUCUUUACCCCGGUCAGCACCACCUACCUCAAGGCAAGGCCCAAGCAACCCUUGCUGGAAGGGUCGGCUCUAAGCAAGGAGCCGCAGUCAUUGAAACCGGCCGUGACUGAAGUGUCUUCUGCUGAGCGUGCUCUAGAGAUUUUAAAGAGCCAGCCAGAUUAUGACAGUUUGAAUGUGGUCCUCAGGUCCCUCAAUGAUGGCAGUGUUGCUGCAACAGGAUUCAGACUCGCAAAACCAAGCCCCGAGGCUGCGCAAAUUAUUCAGUGUCUCGUCUCAGAGAUCGUUCCCAACUAUUGGCCUUUACUCAAAGAAGACGCCCCCGGAGAGUCUGGUAUUCAAGAUGCCGACAGCCCAAGAGACGUCGACUUGCUACUCAGGUGCUUGAGAAGUGUCACGGGUCUCAACGCCAUCAUAACCCGCAUGAAGGCCUUGAUCCAAGAAUCCAAGGCCAGCGCCAAGGAUAUUAAGCGGCCAGAUCUAAGCCUCAACCUGAAUGUACUACUCGAGGUCAGCUCAGCGGUAUUGGGUAGGGACGAGCACCUUGCUGUUCUAUGGACGGCAAGUAGCACAGGACUGGAUUCUGCGGCGAUAAGACGUCCAAUGGCGAAUGAGUUCAUGGCGCUGAUAGCUGGUGGACGACUCGUUUCAGUCGCAGCUGAGGCAGAUGCCAUCGCCAACCCGGACAGAAUCGGCAGAAACCAACUUUGGGUGACAGACGGACAACAAUACAGCAGGUGGUUGGGUCGGAGUGUCGGGUAUUGGUCGAAGGGUGACAUCUUGCCUGACGAUGCGAAGCUCUGCUCGGAGGUUUUCACACGAGCACUUCGUCUCGAUGCCCUGAUGAAACAGUUCAUCGGGGACCUUUUGUUUGGCCCCCUGGAAAGCCGUAAUGCCUUCUUCAAGAUCUUUGGCCAAUUUUCUCAACUCGAGACAAAGCGAUUCAUUUUUGCUGUUCUCAAGCAUCUAUCGGAAACGUUUCUCAACAAGCUGGGCGACGUCGAACCCCUGAAACCGAAUUCGACCAUAUCCGCUGCUGCUGGCAUCAUCGAGAAGGUAGUCUCCAAUGAAGAAACCCGAAAGAGACAUUUGAUCUCGUGGUUGACCAGCUCAACCGGUGCCGGCCUGGGUGAUGGCAUAGGUAUCAGACGCGCAGUCAUGGCGGCGCUCGCAAAGGACAGAGAAUGCGUGACUCAGGUGUUUGAAAAGAGCCUUCACCAGUUCGGCGAUCAGCUGUAUAUUAAGCACUCCCCGAUCAUGCAACAACAAGGCCAUGCCCAGGUUCUUCUCCUAAGCGCCAGUUAUGUCAACAAGCUGUCGCCCCUAAAACUUAAGAUGCUCAUGCGAUCUUCAAGCUACCUCAACACUGUGUCUAACCGGAUCGGCGCCUCACAAGAGAGGGCUGGGUUCUUUGGUAUGGCUGUGGGCGAGGCACUCUCGAGCCUCAUCGACGGUGGCGACAAGAAAUUGGACUUCAAAAUGGAAGAAAUGACGACAGAGGAAGCCCAGUUCUACAAAGACCUCGUCAAAACUCUGGACAGUGUCGGUCCUAUUGACACAUUGAUCAACACCCCCGAGGUGGAACAGAACAAACAGCCCCAACCUCCAGUACCCCAUCGCCGGAAACCUGCACCGAAAUCCAAGCAAGCAGCCGCACCCUCAAAGUUCAUCAUCCAGGAGGUCUCGGACUCUGAGAGCGAGGACGAGGACCUCGUGCCCUACAUCAAGCCCUCCGAUGACCCAGAAGACUCGGACGAGGACGCUACGCUCGUCCGCCGCGAUAAGCCGAAAGCCCCGGUCUACGUUCGCGAUCUCAUAGCCUACCUUCGCGACACCGACAACUAUGACAAGCAGAAGCUGGCCCUCACCACAGCCCCGUCCUUGAUACGCCGCAAAGCAAAUUUCGGCACCGAGGUCUCCUCUCACGCGGACGAGCUUGCCACCCUUCUCGUCGGCCUACAGGACAAGUUUGAGAUAGAAAACUUCUACGAGCUCCGUCUUCAGGGCAUGAUAGCCAGCGUCGCAGCUCAGCCGCAGAAGAUGGGCCAGUGGUUCGCAAAGACGUUCUUCGACGGCGACUACUCCGUCUCCCAGCGCGCCGCAAUCCUCAUCGUCCUAGGCCUCAGCGCUCGCGAGCUCGCCGGCUUCGACACUUCAGAGUAUGCUGCCGCCGCAUCUUUCCCCUCCAAACGCCUUCCGGAAAAGAUGGAAGCGCUCUACCUCGACACGUCCGCCGCACAGACCCGGCUCUCCUCCUCGUCGAACCUCAAGGCCAUCCCGGCCAACGCCCUCGACACCAUCGCCGAUUCCCUGACAUCCUCCUUCCUCGCCCCCAUAGCCGCCAACGCAGCAGACGCAACCACAGGGCCCGACGUCCUCAAGCUCUCAACCUUCACCUCUCGCCUUCCCUCAAAGUCUUCCAAGAAAACCGGCGUCCGGUCCAUCCCGAACACGACGGCCUCCGUGCUCGCCGCCUCGUUCUUCUUCCCGCUGACAGCCCGCUUUCAGCACGCCCUGCGCUCCCGCUCCGCCCGCUCGGGCAUCUUCAUCCAGCCCUAUCUCCUCUCCCUCUACCUAAAGACCCUGGCUGUGCUCAUUCACGCCGCGGGUCCCGCGACACUGGCCCUCCCGCAGAUGACGGCCGAGCUUUGGGACUUGCUACUGGGCAUCCGCACCCACGUCAACGGCGACGUACCGGGUAUGCACGCGCUACUGGUCGCGCUGGCGGCCAUGCUCGAGGUCAAUGAGGCCUCCGAUAUGCGGCGGUUGUGCGAGGCCCACCCGCGCGAGGUUGUCGAGACGCAGGAAUGGGUAAGCGGGAUUUUCAACGGCACACGUGGCGAAGAUGGCGGAGAGGAGAAUAAUGUGAAGAUGCUCUCCGCCGCGGUGCUCAUCAAGCUGCAAGAGGCAACGGAAAAGUAUCGCGCCUUACUCCUGGGUGACAUGAUAGGUUUCUCCUAG